AUGAAGCUGCGAAAGGAAGUGUAUGAGGGUGGAAAAAGAAAAGCUAAAUCUCAUGAUAGCCACUCCAACAACAACUUCAACAAAAAGCCGAACACGGGAUAUUCGGGAAAGGAUCAGAAGCAAAUUCCUCGAUGCAACAAAUGCGGAAGACAAGGCCACACGACGAAUGAAUGUCGUAGGGGAAGUGAUCAGUGUUAUCGAUGUGGUAAACCAGGUCAUCUGAUUAGAAAUUGUCCAAUUCCAGAUUGGCGAAGUGGGAAUGUCGUUAAUCGUGGUCAAAGAAACGGCCAGAACUCUGGCUAUGGUGGAAAUGCAGGCAACGCAAAUAAGAACCCUCCACGUGGACCCCCGAAGGCUGGAAGAGUCUUUAUGAUGCAGCGUGAUGAAGCAGAGGCAGAUGAUACUGUCAUUACUGGUACUUUUCCUGUCUACUCUGUACCUGCUUAUGUCCUUUUCGAUUCUGGAGCUUCCCAUUCGUUUAUAUCUGCCACAUUUUCUAGAAGAGUAGAAGAGACUCCAGCUGGUAAGCUGUAUGAACCAUCAGAGUAG